AGAUAUUAAUGACGAGAUGCUGCAAUCAAAACUUCCCAUCAUUUCUAAUUUUAGUGGCUUCCGCUCUAUUUAUCACUUUUAUCGGCUCAAUUGACAGUGAACACAAUUUCCAUCCACUUCUCGCUGCUCCACGGACACUUCCAGGAGUUCGAGUCAGAAUAUUGCCACGUGGAUUGGCCUACUUGAAUCAUUUAGCAGCCAACCUACUCGCAGAUCAAUUGCCCCGACUCAUACUUCCAGACGUCGAGCACAUUUUGCCAAGUAAUCAGGGUAUUAUCUACAUUUCGAAAGUCCAUUUAUCACGAUUCCGCCGAGCGGAGCAUCAUCAACUAAAUUCCACGGCACCAAAUAAAAUCUCAUGGACUAUGCAGAAUAUGGAUAUUGGAUUAUUAGGAGACUUGAGUGGAUCUGUAAACAUAGUGGUUCCACUUAACUUGACCGGACAAGUUGAGAUUCUUGCACAAGGACUUACUUUUCAUUUGGAGUCUUCGAUCGAAAAAGGUAAAAAUGGAUCAGCAAAAGUAACUUCUCUGUCUUGCCUUGCCACAAUCAGAGAUGUAACUGUUACAAAUCACAACGGAGGACUCUUUGGAUUAGCAGUUUCAGUGUUUAAACAAGGAGUUUCCGAUAAUGUCCGGCAUAUGCUUCAAACAAUAAUUUGCAAGAAAGUUCGAAAAUAUAUAGAUGAAGAUGCAAAUGAGAAGUUGGCAGAAGCGCAAACAUCAAGUAAAUUGGCAGAUGCUUUGGAGACAAAUGCAUUAAAAAUGAUAUCGGUUGGAGGAGAUGAGAAAUCAAGAAUUGAUAUUUCAAGCAUAUUUGAUUCAUCGUUGGCAUCCAAAUUUUUCAUUGAUUUCAGACUAAAAGAACACCCAAUUUGCCAAGAAAACACUGUAGAACUAGCAUCUUGGGGUGAAAUCUCAUUUAUGGGACAAGGCGACACUCCAUUUGGACCAGUUGAUGCUUCAUGGCCAGGAAGAUCACCUUUCAAGACAAAUGUUGUAGAUUCAGUGACAAAUAAAGACUCGAUGAUUGAAUUAGUUGUAUCCGACUUUUUACCAAAUUCACUGCUUUAUCAUGCCUAUGUACAAAGAUUCAUAAAAGUAUUAUUAACUCCAAGAACAAAGGGUGUCUCCUCAUUCUUACGAACAACGUGUGAAGGAUCGUUUUGUAUUUCUGAUUUGGCUCCACAGCUCGCCGAGCAAUAUCCGAACUCUACUGUUGAGCUGGCAAUGAGUGCCACAAGAGCUCCGGCAGUGCUUUUCAGUGAAAAAAAUGGAGGAACGAUUUCCGUUUCACUUGGAGGUUUAGUUGUGGUCUUUGCUGUAAACGGAAACCAGCGUCGACAGGUUAUUGUGGUAGAUUUGGAUGUAGUUGCAGAUGCAAGACUGUCCAUUCAGGGGCACAACGUGAGUGGUUCUGUGGAGCUUCGGAAGUUUGAUCUAAAGCGUCGAACGGGAACAGUUGAUAUUUCUGAUGCUGAAAUUGAUGAUAUUGCUCUUUUAGUCAGUCAGUUGUCUGAAAACCUUCUCAAUGGGCUAUUGGUCAAUGGUAUGCCUAUUCCACUUCCUCAUGUGCUUCGAAUCAAGGACAGUCACAUUAAUGUUCUGAGCCGACGAAUGCAUAUUCAAGUUGAUGUGGAUGUUGAUGAGAGGAGGCUAUCAAAAUUGGCAUCUCAAACAUUUUUCAAGACUCCACAGUUUUCAGAUGUCAAUCUCAGCCCACUCCGACGCAUGGUCCGUCCCGUUCCAUUCCUGGAGGCCCGCCAACAAAUUUCUCAGUUUAAUUUCAACAAUUGGUCAACCGAUUCGGGAAGAAGAAUAUUUCGUUAAAAAUGAAUUGUAUUAUUUUGCCCAUUGAAAUUAUCAUUAUUCUAGUCCAGAUUGUAUCACACCUGUUUUGCUGUUUCACGGGUUGCAUUUAAGUGUCUGUACAUAUGAAAUUUGUUAAUUUAACAUAUUUUUUUGUUGUGGAAAAAAACGGCUUGAAGUUGAAA